AUGGAGGAACUUCAAAAUCUUACAAUUGCCACCAUAUUGGACCCUAGGUUUAAGACACUUCAUUUUAAUAACCCAGUGGCAUCCUCUAAAGGCAUUCGUACAGUUCGUCUUAAAAUUAUAGGUUUAAAAACUAAUUCUAGUGACUCUAAUGUUUCCAAUAAAGACUCUAGUGAUGAUGAUACCGAACGGGCUAAUAGUUUAUGGUCUUUCAUAAUGAAUUGGUCUCAAAAAAAGCCUCGGAAAACUCUGAAGACAAUAAUGAGCGUAUGUCAACUGAUUUAUAACAUUUUUAAACCAACCAACAAUACCCUUACAUGA